AUAACUAUCUGCCACGUAUAACACAAUAACAUAGAGCCGUCUUUACCUUUUGACCUCUUUUAUGAUCAAAAUUUCCGGCACGUCCAUUGCUCAUCACUGAUCCUUCGAGAAAAACUGACGGAGAAUGUAUCGCUUGUUAACGUUACGUCGUCACCACCACCUAUAAUAAAACAAAAAAAUUUUCAAUCUCUGUGCUCUGAUUCUCUUUGAUUUCGAUUUAGCCGCAAAGAACUCUCUUCAAUGGCCGCCAGUUCGAGCCGAGGCGGUUCCUUCUAUGGCGGCGCUGCUCCCUAUAGAUCGAAGGAUGGGCUCAGCACGAGACCGGCGGCGAGCUCCGAUGAAAUACAAUUACGGAUUGAUCCGAUGCACGCUGACUUCGAUGACGAGAUCUCUGGUCUCCGUAGCCAAGUUAAGCAAUUGAGAAAUGUGGCUCAAGAGAUAGGAUCAGAAGCAAAGUUCCAGAAGGAUUUCUUGGAUCAGCUGCAAAUGACUGUGAUAAAAGCUCAAGCAGGUGUGAAGAAUAACAUAAGGAAAUUGAACAAGAGCAUCAUUAAGAAUGGUGGAAACCAUAUCGUCCACGUGGUUCUUUUUGCACUCCUAUGUUUCACUGUGGUCUACCUGUGGUCCAAAGUAUCCAGAAGAUGAGUUAUGUUUAGACUGAAAAUAUGUUCAUAUCAAUAGCUAUCCAUGGAUGGACCGGUAUUUGCGAGCUAUAUUGCAGGAUCCGUUGUAAAAUCUUCCCAUUAGCUUCUUUAUUGAACAUUGGCUUUUGUUGGGUUAUGCCUAAAAUCUAGAUCUUUCCUAUUUAAAAAAGAAAAAAGAGAUUACUACUAUGCUUGAUCUCUAGUUUUUGAUGUACGAACACAGCAAUAUUCAAUGCAAUCAAGCUUUACUAAUA